AUGAAAAAACGAUUUUGCUCAAUAAAACCAGGUCUUUAUGAAGUCCAUAAAGGUGUUUUCAAUCAAUCAGCCACCAAGAACGUUAAAAUGGUGAUAGGCAACCGAAAUCAUCGUAAUGGCACACAUGAACUUGUACGAAAACGACCACGACCAUCAUUACUGAAGAAUAAACCACGUAACCUACAUCUUCGGAUGGUACCACAAUCGUUAUCAACAAGAAAUAUUGAUGAUAUUCUUGAUUUAAAUCUCGUUAUUAUUUGUGUUUCAUGUCAUUAUAUUCAAAAUCCUCGUAUUUUAGCUAAAGCUGUCGAAGUUAUGAAUUUGUUAUGUGCUCCAAGUGAACAUACACUAUUACGACAAGCGACAGAAUAUUUAUUUAAUCAUUGUCUUGCUAAAGAUUCACUCGUGCAUGCAUUGAACAAACUUUAUGCUGGUAAUGGAUAA